CCAUUCCAUCCAGAGAUGAUGAAACAACACGAGGAUGAGAACAUAAGCAGGUACAUCCAACACCUCGAUGUUGGCAAUGUGCUCACAGUUGACUUGAACUUGGAUAAUAAUACCUACAUAGACCCUUCGAUAGAGGCAUAUAGAAGAGCCCUUGAACAUCAAAAGGGUGUAACGAGACACGUGAAGACGGUGACGAUUCCGAAGUCCUUCAACUCUGACUCUGUUAAAUUUGACGUUGAAGGUGUACCACAGAUACCGGAGGGCGUGGACCCGAGAAAGAUAUGCCCAUUCUGUCAAAAGACCUUUUCCCAUCCAGGUUCCAUGGGGAGACAUCUGGACUUGAAAAAAGGGUCGAAGGACCACCCUUCAUCGGUAAUCGAACAGAUGAGAUCCCAGGUGAAACGCCGUGGUGAUGCUGAACUGAUCAAGGAGAGAAGAAAACUGAGAGCGAGAAGGUACAAUGCCAGGGAUGACGUUAAGCAGCGAAAGAGGUUGAAUAGAAAGAGCGUAGAGAGGGUUCAAAGGGCCAAGUACCGUGAAAUACGCAAAUUCUUUGAUAGACUGGGUAAACCUCAACUGGAAGACAAUCCAACCUUCCCAAGAUUGGUGUUGUAUUUCUUGAAGCCUAACCAAUGGCCUAGUGAGCCUCCAUCUCUAGAGACUUAUAGACAGCUGUGUGGCUCUUUGAAUGAGCAGUUCUUAGCAGACAAGGAGAUGAACUUCUACAACGAAGUCAUGGGGAAAGUGCAGAAGUCUUCAGAGAUAUGGCUUACCAUGACAGAUGAGGAAAAACUAGAGGUUUGGGCAAGAGAGCUGAGGAGCGUAGCACAACAGGCCCUGCAGGACAUUUCACUGUUUGACUUGAAGAACAGGGACGUGUACGUUAGGAAAGAGGCAAAGAGACAAGUCUUUGAAGCUGACAAUCAAGAGAAUAAUGAUAAUAAUGAUGAUAGCAAUGAUGAUAGCGACGAUAAUGAUGCAAACAACAAUGAAAGUGAUGGCGAAGAUGGUAAAGAUAGCGACAAGGAUUUUGAUUAUAACCACGAGGAGUUGGAAGCAGUUGCACAGGCAGUGGUCAAUGACAAUGAGAAGGAUAAUGUUGAUCCACAGAUAAUGAACUAGGGCUAAACAAGCAAGUAAAUAUAUGAACAAAUUGUCUUUAAACCAAGUAUACAAACAAAAUAAAAGGGAAAAAGCAACAUCAACUUUC